UCUGUCUCUCUCUCUAGUUCUCAAUCAUCUUCUAAACUGAUCUCAAAAUGGAACUUCAGUUCCAACCACAGCAGCAGCAACAUCAUCAACAAGGAGAGCUUUCCAUUAGUAAAGGAAAUAAAAUCAAGGGGAGAGGAAAGACCAAUGGCAACAAUAAAUUUGUUGGAGUAAGACAAAGGCCUUCUGGGAGAUGGGUUGCAGAGAUCAAGGACACAACACAGAAGAUAAGGAUGUGGCUUGGCACAUUCGAGACUGCGGAAGAAGCUGCUCGAGCAUACGAUGAGGCCGCCUGCCUUCUUCGAGGAUCCAAUACUCGCACUAAUUUCAUCACCCAUGUCUCUACCAAUUCCCCUCUCGCAUCGCGAAUUAGGAAUCUUCUUAAUCAUAAGAAAGGUCUAAACCAGCAGGUUAAUACCUCUGCUUACACCAACACCAAUACCACUACCACCUUCACAACUACUACUACUACUACUACACCUUGUACUACUAGUACAGGUACAAUUACUAGUACUAAUUGCACCAGUAUCACUGAUAGUUGCUUCUCUUAUGAGAAGAUUCAAGGGAAGCAGAUAUCUGAUGAUGCAUAUAGACCAGAUUUGAGCAAUUGUAGCAAGGAUUUCGAUCUGGGUUCUUCGCAGUCUGAGCUCUCAUGCAUAUUUGGUUCAGCAUUUGAUAGGUAUCCAGUGAACCAAGGAGGGUUGGAGUUGUCAAAAAAUGUUAGCUUUCCUGAGACACUACAGGAAUCAAACAUUAUGGACUUGGAAAGGAUGAGAGUGCAUGAAUACUUGGAGACUGUUCAUGAUCCAACUGAUGUUUUCUGGGAUCUUCCCCCUCUUUGUCAGUUGUUCUGUUCAAUUUGA